AGUCAGUGAAGUAAGACUAAUCUAUUUGGGGCCGGACAAGGGAAGCUUAGUGUGUCUGAAGGCGAGGGAGAGAGAGACUCGUGACAGGUAGACAGACGCGCGCGUGUGUGUGACAGUGAAUCUACCUACCACUACUACCUCCGUCCCUGGGCCCCCUGUCAUCAACCUGACUUCCUUCUUCAGUCCCCUACCACUGAUUUCGCAGCUGAGAGGGACUAUUGUCUAAAAACGCACCUGAGCAGGUUCUGAACUCAAAUGGUGUCAAGCUUUUUUUUUCUUUUUUUUAACAUUUGGGUUUUUUGUCGCGUUAGUUUUUGUCGUGCGUGAAGCUCCCUCGCUGUACAUCGGAAUGCCUUAUCGCCUAUGACGCUGAGGGGAAGUUGUAUACAGUUUUAUUUUUUUCUUAUAAAAGUUUUCUUUCAAAAGGGUAGAUCAGUAUCCUACAGCAACAAAUAAAUAAAAUCAAAGUAAUUGUGUGACGCCACCGCCUGGUUAAGAAAAUACAUCUAGAAGGUGACAAUAUAUCAAUUUAGCUUUUGUGGGGACUAGAAAAAUUCGUUAACGAAUAAAAAGAAAAGAAAAAUCCCCAACGAUGGAGAGUGUGAAAAAGGAGCCGGUGUCCCCAAUGCUCGGGGAAUCGGGGGGAACCUACGACUCCUCGGAAGUGUCCACGCGCGGCGGGGGGGUCAUCGCCCCCACCACGACGAACCUGGAAGGCAAGUCGAAUUCCAAGCCGCCCUUCAUGCCGAGUUACUCUUCUUCGUCCGCCAACGGUGUCGGCGGCGCCUGCGCGCUGACGACCCUCGCCAACGCCAUAUCGACGACUUCGACGACUACCGUGUCCAAUGGGGACCUGGCCAGCGGGCGGGGGGGACCCUCCAGCGGGGGGAACGGCCGCGCCACCGCCAACGGCCCCAGCAGCGUCGUGGACGAGGCGUCCCUGGAAGAGGUCAUCUUGGCGCCUGGAAGCAACUUCUCCGGGGACAUCGGCGACGCCGUCACUAAGAUACUCGAGGACUACGACUGGAGCAAGAUUCCCCUGGCGAACAAUACAGUUACCGAACCCCGCAGGGACGCCGCCGGCAGCGAACGCAGGAAGGUCCACGUGAAACGCCCCAUGAACGCCUUCAUGGUGUGGGCACAGGAGGCCCGCCGGAAGCUCUCCUGCAACCACCGUCAGGUGCACAACGCCGAACUCUCCAAGUCCCUCGGCAGGAUAUGGCGGGGUAUGACAGAGGACCAAAAAAGGCCUUUCAUCGAACGAGCGGAUCACCUCCGUCGGAAACACAAGCAGGAAUAUCCCGACUACAAGUACCAGCCGAGGCGGAGGAAGGAGAAUGUCAAGACAGUGUCCAAAUGUCCUCAGGGAAACCCUGUCACUAUGCAAGAUCUUUCAGGCAACCACCACUACGUGAGCAGUGUCAAAGGGGGAAAUCUCGGUUUGAGUCUGCAACCGCUGUCCCCUCCAAACUCACCCUCCGGUCAGGGUGUCGUGAAGGGCCACACGGAUGCCCACCUAGGAGACCCAGCCGUUUUCGUACCUGACUGUCUCACAGACACCUUUGAAAACAUAGAUCGCGCAGAAAUGAACAAAUACUUGAUGCCUGACCAGGGUUCAGGACCCCAGUAUGCCACUUCCGCUCCUCACGGUCCUCCCACAGGUCUCCAGCCCAUGACGACCAUGUCUGCCAUGUCCUCCAUGAAUACCAUGACAGUGCCAAGUAGCAGUAACAGUUGCAGCGGUUCCUUGCCCUCAGGAGCUUCGUCGUCACUCACAAGUCUUCCUUCCUUGGGUUCAAGACUGUUACCACCUGCACCGACUGUCUACGGGGGAUCGAGCUCUCCAUAUUACACCGGUGGGACUUCACCACAGCCUCCUGCUGGUCACGUAUCCCCCGACCUCAUCGUAGGGGAGAUGGGCGCGAACUCUGCCGGGGGCGUGUCGCCUGGAGGUUCCCCUGGAUCUCCCGUGGGAGAUUACGUCGAGCUGCAGCCACCUCGAGUGCCGAAAGAAGAGCCCCUACCCCCUCUCUCCGCUCCAAAACCUGCCAAUGUGAACCCCUUCCUACACCAAAACCUCUGCUACUCAACACAGCCGCACCCGACUUUCCAGUACUCGUAUCCGUAUGCAACCAUGUGGUACUGAUAAUCCCAGUUCGCCGUUGCUUAGGAAAUGAGCGUUGUCCAUUUGUCUGUUCACUGACUGUCUGUGAGACGAAGAUUAUAAUGAAAAAAAGAAAAAAAGGAAGUUACAUUUGACAGCAACGCGUGAAAAUAACCGUGGCUGGGUCAUUUUCUAAGAACCUGCCCCUCGUGGGUAGCACUCCUUCGAGCCUCUAGCGAGAGGUUUCAAAAUAAUCUUCGUGAGUAUUACCCUUGCUUGCCAGUGCUACGUUAGUCCUAAGGUGUUUACUCUAAACUUAGACAUUAAGAGCAAAAAUCUCUCUCUCUCGCCUCCGUCAAGUGCCAAAUAUUAGUAGUGUGUUCCUUGUCAAAAGACCCCCACCCUACUCCCCGCUCCAGCGAGGAGACCACCCCAUGUGCCUUGGCGACAGGGCAACAGGAACACGAGUGUUGUGUCGUUCCCCGAAGUCAGUUUUCCAGUGCCAUCAUAUCGUAGAUUAAGGAUUAAAAUGUCAAAUAUAUAAAUCUAUCAUAUCUGUUGCUGUAGUAUUAAGGAUCUUUCACAAAGUGAGAAAGGGAACGAAUAUUCCUCAAUCUUUUCGGGACCAACAGUGUUGAAGGUACUCAGCGGAUUUUACUCGCAAACGCAAAGAGUCGUUUGUCAUUUGUUCGUGUUCUAUAGUGUUAAUAGCACAGAAACUACAUUUCAGUAUAUUUGCAAAGACAAACAUUACAAUAGAAAUUAAACUUAUGGCAUAAUUUGUAAGAUAGUUUGGUAUGAAUUUAUGCAAACGUUACACAUUCUAUUUUUGGAUUUUAGUCUGUGAGAAACGUCCUGUUUGUGUGUGUUUAUCAUUCCAGCACUUUCCAGAAACUAAACGUUGUCCAAACCACUAGGUUAUUCUCAAGUACAAAAAGAUAAAAUUAGAUAUUCCAGUGAUUUUUACUCGAUAUAUAGAGUAUGAUAUCUUUAAUGAAUACUCGAAAUUGCCAAACUCUUAUAGUUAAAUGAGAAUAUUGUCCCAUUUUUUUUAUUUUAAGAUUAUUUCCAAACCAGUAUUAAAAUAUUCUAAUAUAUAAUUUUAAAAGAUAAUUAUAACCCGCCGGCGUAUCUAACAUUAUGCAAGAUUUAACAUAAAAAUGGAUCUCAUUAACAUCCAGUUAGAUAAACAAACAAACAUAGAAAAAAGAUUCACUUAGAUCGUGCGUUGAGCUUCUCGUUAGUACGUUGCCAGUUCCUAUGCUACUCCGUUACUGAAGAACUGAGUUAAUGAACUUUUUCUGUGUAUUUUUUCUUUAGAUGGUAGCUGUCAUUUGCAUUCCUUCCUCGAGGUGUUAAUCCAAUUCUCCUUCUCUUUUUCUAUUAUUUGUCGUUAUGAUUUCAUUAUUGCCUGUAUCUUGAAAAUGUUAGAAUUCUUAAUUCAAAAUCUCGCUCGAGUUUCGCGUUUUCCUCCAAUCUGUAAUUAUUAUUAUUAUUAUUAUUAUUAUUGUUAUUAUAUGAUAAUGUCCUUCGGUGGCAGCUAAUAUCUUAAUGCCUUCUGUUUUGUUCAGGUUUUAUGUCGAAACAGAUUUGAGGCUUUAACAGUCACUAAAUUGUCAUGAAAGCAGUUUUUCUUCACCGGUUCUGUCCUAAGUUUCCAACUUACUUUCCGCUCUAGGUGGAUUCGUGAAAUAAAAAAAAAUUGAUAGAUUUUUUUUAGCCGUGGAUUCAUGAAAUAAAAAAAAAAUUGAUAGAUCUUUUUAGCCGUGGAUUCAUGAAAUAAAGCAAAUUUAAUAUAUUUUAUUUUAGCCGUGGUUCAUGAAAUAAAAAAAAAAUUAAUAGAAUUUUUUUAGCCGUGGAUUCGUGAAAUAAAGCAAAUUUAAUAUAUUUUUUUAGCGGUGGAUUAAUAAGAUAAAAAAAUUAAUAAAUUUUUUACCAGUAGAUUCAUGAAAUAAAAAACUAAUAAAACUUUUUACCCUUAGAUUCAUGAAAUAAAAAAUAUGUAAUAGAAUUAUUUUAGUGGUGGAUUCAUGAAUGAAAACAAUCUCAUUGAAUUUUUUGUUAGUCGCGGAUUCAUGAAAUAAAUAGAAUCAUUUUUUUAUCAGUGGAUUCAUGAAAUAAAAAAAAAUUAAUAAAUAUUUUUCUAACGGUGGAUUCAUGAAAUAAAAAGAAUAAAAGAUUUUCAUAGGUGAAUUCAUGAAACAAAAAAAACAAUAAUUUUUUUUAAAGGUUAAUGCUGCGUUAGUGUACAAAUAUCAUAUAUACUCGAAGAGCACAUAAAAAAUAGUACAGGGUACAAUAGAUGCGCAAUGGAUACUGUGAAGUAAUUAUAAAACUGAAAAUAUAUCUUUUUUUACUCAAGAAGCUGAAAUUGCUAUAACUCCCUGGGAUUACAAAACUUUUAAGAUAUAUCUGGGUUAGAGCAGUUUUUUUAAUUAAAUCACCAUAUCUAAUUAAACUAAUUAUUUUGUUUUCAAAAUUCUGUUCACAAUUGUUAUUGUAUAUCAAUUAUUUUUUCAGCGCUCGAUGCGCAUGCGCGAGAACACUGCUUUAUAUAAACAAAUCACUUUAAGCUGGAGAAAAUAUCCUUGAAUAUUACUUCAUAAUUAGAGAUAUAUUCGAGACGCUGUUACCGGGAGAAUAAUUAUAUUCCCUGUUCCUGCAGGAUUUGUUUCAAACAGCUGUACUUAAUUAAUAACAAGAGAUUGGAAUGCUACAAGAAUGAUUGAUAAAAAAAAUGUACUUAAUAGUGAACUAUUAUUUAUGGAGUGAGUUUUUUUUAAAUAGUUAUACUAUUCUUAUAUUAUUUCUGGAAGAAAUGUGGCUUUAUAUAUAUACAGUCAUCAUGUACUUUCCACGAUAUGUAAAUAAAUAGAUAAUGUACGUUCUUA